AUUUCCUACUUGCCUACUUGCUUUCUCUCUUUUGUUUUUAGGUUAAAGUUCCAAUUCCAUUUCUUAUACAAUUUCCGUCCCAAUUAUUUUUCCCAAACGCGGACUUCUCAACCCCGCGCGUUGUCAACCCAUCUACAACUGGCUCGGAAUCGCAUUUCCGCUUUCCUUCUUUACUAGGCGUUUUUUUUCCAUUUAUAUAUUUCGAGGUUUCAAGUCUAUCCUGCAGCCCACCUCCAAUUCUCCAUUCAUUCGUUUUCUAUUUUCCUCUCUUUCUAUUUUCCUCUCCGCCAUGGGAAACUACUUAUCUUGCACCUUAUCUGCCCAAUCCGGCAAGCACUGUCGGUCGCCCAAGGUGGUCUUCCCAGGCGGCGAAAUCCGGCGACUGGAUGGGCCCGCCAAGGCGGCGGAGCUCAUGCUCGAGACUCCCAAUUUCUUCCUCGUGAACUCUCAGUCCCUCCGCGUUGGCCAGCGGUUUUCGGCCCUCAACGCCGACGACGACCUCGAGGCGGCCAACGUCUACGUCAUGUUCCCCAUGAAUAGGCUGAAUUCUUUCGUCACCACCGCCGAUAAGGGCGCCCUGUUCCGGGCCUCCAACUCCGUCGCCAAACGCGCAUCGAGCGGGAUGGUGAGGAUCCUGCCGGAGUCCGAGAGUGUUCCGCCGCCGGCCGAUGAGCAGCAGGAAAAUGAGAAGCCUCUGCCAAAGCUUAAUUUGGAGGACAUCGAAGACCAGUUAUCGGCGCUGGAGCUGAAGCACAGGGUGUCCAUAGGCAGAGCAAAGAGACCAUUGUUGGAGACCAUAGCUGAAGAACAUACAAUAGCGAGAUGAAAAUUUGAGCAUAAUCAAUGAAUUCUUCUUCCUUUUGGUUUUCUUUUCUCUCGAAGAAAAAUUCUUACGGGGUUUUAACAGAUUUCGAAAAGGGGUCCUGAUUGAUUUUGUUGAAGAAGGGUAUAUGUGAAGGGGGGUCGAGAUUCAAAAUUUCACCUCUGUGUUCUAUGCUCUAUUCUUUUUCAAAAUAUUAGAUGCUGAUAAAGUAUGUACAAAUUAUUCAAAGAAAUUUAGAUAUGACCCUAACAUUAAGAUCAA